AUGGAAAUGCAGGCCUGGGACACUCACACAGCAGCAGCAUUAAGGGAGUGGUAUAAGUAUCAGGAACAAAACUUGUAUGGAGAUGAAGAAAUAGAUGAUGAGGAGGAAGAAGAAGAAAUAGAAGAAAUAGAAGAAGUAGAAGAAGUAGAAGAAGUAGAAGGAAAAGAAGAAACAGAAGGAGGUGAAAAAAAAGAAGGAACAGAGAAAAAAGAGGAAAAAGUGGAAAAAAAUGAAAAAGAAAAGGAUCGUAAAUCACCAGAGGGAGAGACAAGCAGCAGUAGUAGCACUGUGGAAACUGGGGAGACAGAGGAGACUACUCAGAAAGAGACCAUCGUUCAGCAGGAGAUGGAAAACACUGACAAUCAUGCUGUGAACAGUUCUUCAGAGAACACUGAUGACCAAAAAACUGGAGUGGGGAGAAAAAAGUUUUCCCUGUUUAAGCGAAAGCCACUGAUGAGCCAGAAGAAUGUAUGUAGCAGAAAGGAAGACAGCUCUGAAAAGCCAUUGCAGAGUGAAGAAAAGGAAAAGGAAGAUUUAACUGGUGAAAGCAAUAAGGAUGAAAAUCAGAACCAUACACUGGAGAAUUCCAGUGAAACUGUGACUAACCAGGACAGAAGGAUGAAAGUUAAUACAUGUACAUUGCUGUAAAACUGUUGUAAUAUAAGAGAAUGUGACAGUCCUAAAGCACACAGUGCAAUUUUUACUUGAAAACAGUUAUGACUCGAGAUGUUGAUGGCUGCUUUUUUUGAUUGAUUGGAUUGCUGUAAUUUUAAAUAGGUAGAUGAUUUUCUUGGUAUUUAUUGGUAAUUUUAACAGUUCAAAAUGAUAUGCUUAUCAGCACCUUGCUGGAGUUCUGUGGCCUUACCUGUUGAUGUUCUAAUGCAAAAUAUGGGAGUUUUUUAAUGUGAAAAGUUGAAUACAGGCAUUUUAUGGUUUUUGCUAAAUAAUUUUCUUCUGUUUCAGUCUACAGAGUACCACUUUCAGCAUGACACUCUUGCAAAAUUAUAAUAUUCUAUAUAUUACUUGGUUUAACAACCAAGUUAAGAAUAUUUAAGGUACUCAGAAAUAUACAUGUUUCUGUUUUGACAUAGCAAAAAUAGCACUAAAACUUUCAAGUUAACUUGUGGGCCACUAUGGAAGAAGUUAUUUGAGUAUGUGCCUAAUUUCACUCAUGGCAGUAGUCCCAGUGGAAACAGUGUCAGGAUGGAAGUAUCCUGCCAAGCUGGGACAGGGAGAAAGCUUUUAUUUCUGAGAGGUGCUGAAAAACCUUUGCUCCUGCUGAAAUUGGCAUAAGCUGAUGGGCCUCUCUCCUACUGAAUCAGGCCCAGUGGAAACUGGACACCCUCACUCUUGUUUCACUUGGAUUCUAGUCCUGUAUUCUCUAAAUAUCCACACCUUAAUGAGUCUCCAGUGAAGCUUUUCUCACAGGAAAAUAAUGCAACCAGAGGUACUGUGGCAUCAGUAUGACAGACUGAUCCCUAUGGGGUAAAUACUCAUUUUUUUCUCAGGCAGACUGGCUUUUCUUCAGAUGGAAACAGGAGGAGCCAAAAAUCAGUACAAAUAAAAACUGCUUAACACCACUGUAGCAUUAAGAAGCAGGAAUUCUUUAUUCAGCCUGAUGCUCAAGGGGAUAUCUCCUCCAAAAUAUUGUGCAGGCUGAGUACAGAAAAAAAUUCCUGUUUAGAUACUGUAUUUUUCAUACACAGUCAUUGAUUUUCCCACAAUAAACAUACACAUGACAAAUAAUUUCCCUGAAAUCAAGAACAUAUUUUCCCUCCCAUUUGCAAACAUUUGUCCUGGAGGUCCCUUUGCUGGUCCCUGGUGGUCAGUGACCCCCCAGUGAUCACACAGUGAACUGGUGAAAGGUGGGACAACGGGGCUGGCUGCUUUCCAGUUCUUCCUUCAAUUUCCCCAGUUUCAGAGUUGCUUAUAUUUUAUACAAUAGGUCAGAAGUGUCCAGAAUUAAUUUAAUCCUAGGAGUUGGUUCACCUGCAUGCUUUGUCCUUUUAAGAAUGGCAGGUGCCCAGAUUCAUUCACAGGGCUUCCUCUGUGCUACCACAAUCAUCAUCCUAAAAACCUGGAUGCUUGGCUCAUCCUUUGCCAGAGUUAAUUAGGAUCCUUUUGUGUCUUUUAUUUUUCUUUGGGCUACUCCUGGGUUCUGCAGUGAACCUUACAUGAGGGUUUUUUCCUCCAUUAUAUUUACAUAUUUGCUUAUUUUUCUGAAUGCACAUGUGGUUUCUGUUCCACUUGGAUACUGUUGACAAGAGUAAAGUGGAAAAGGAGAAAUAAAGUAGAUGGUGCCCUCAUUAAUUUAAAUAAACUUUAAUUAUUUUUUUAAGGGGAGAUCAGUCAUAGAAAUUGUUACUGUAAGAACAAUUUCUUUUUUAAAGGUGAACUAAUUUAGUGAGAAAUAUUACUUUAAAAUGGGAAUUACCCUCAAAUCUAACACUACAGAAGUUUAUGAAAUGGACUUUAAAAUGCUGCAUGUCUGAGCAGUUUCAGGGACUGGUACAUUUAUCUUGUCCACAUACUUUGCUCAACAAAAAGCAGGAACAUACUAACCCAUUCCAAUGUCUUUUCUACAUGUCUUCAUUUUUAAUAAAAAAGAUUAAACAAACAAAACAA